AGGUCUUGUCUAUUCAUCCAUCCAAUGAACAUGGCGGACGUGAAGCUGGUCUUCUAACGUUCUGUUGUUGUCCGUUUCCCGACCAUGUCUCCCCCUAAAACUCACCCUUUGACCGCGUUUCUCGCAAAAGCGGUCACGCGUUCAUAUCAGUAAACUAUCCUCGAACGCCUAACUUCAGUAACGUACUCGCCGGUUCCGUCGCCUGACGUUCAUUUGUUGACUCGAUGAAGCGGUGCCGUGCCCCGUUGUGAAUGCGCUAUGAGAUCGGAAUCGUUGAAUUGUGUUUUUUGAUUAGAAAAGAGUAGCUACAGCUACUGCACUUUGGCUUUUGGUCGGGUUAAAGCUGGCCUUUACGAGAAACCAGAGCAGGUAGUGAACAACGCUAGAGUCGUUCUGCUUCAGCGAUCGCAGGCUAAAUUAUGUGCACCAUACAGACUUGUCGAGACACCUCGGAUGCUGUGGAACUGUGCGAAUCGCUGGGACUCUAUUUGAAGACCGUCGCCCGUCUCAACGUGAGCAUUCAGCUACCCCAGAUGAAAACGCCGGGCAAGAGCAUUUCCAACUGGGAGGUGAUGGAAAAACUGCGGCAGGCCAUUCGGCCCGAAGAGUUCACGACGCUCAAGAUCAGCAAGACGACGCUCGAGUUCAUCCGCUUCGAGGGCGAAGUUGAGAACAAGAGUGCCCUAAAGACCAUCGUCUCCAGGCUUGAGGGGAGCACCGUCAAACUGAGCGGGUUCCCGGACAACCUGCGGAUCCGGGCCGCCGAGGCCAAGGUACCGUUUCCGACGAGGCACGAUUGGGACUCUUACUUCCGCGACGCGAGGGACAUGGACGAGAUGAAGCCCGGCGAGCGGCCGGACACCAUCUACGUGCAGGGCCUGCCGUGCAAGUGGUUCGCCGACAAGCGGCGGGACCCCGACCGGCCCAGCGAGCUUUUGGUACGGCAGGCGUUCUCGUCCCUGGGCGAGGUCCGCUGCCUGGACAUUCCCCUGCUGGACCCUUACCAGAAGGACGCUGAGGCCGCGGUCGGCAAGAUCUCCACCUUCUCGUUCAGCCAGGACCUGACCUUCGACGUGUACGUGCAGUACAAGGAGUACAUCGGCUUCGUCAAGGCUAUGGACUCGCUGCGAGGCAUGAAGCUCAUGUACAAGACCCCGGAAGGACGGGCUUUUGCUGCUAAUAUCAAGGUUGACUUUGACAAGUCACAACAUUUGAGCGAGGAGAGCAUCACAAGACGCCAACAAGAGAAGCUGAAGAUGGAGGCUCUGGAGAGGGAGCGCGAGGAGCGGGUACUUCGAGAGCGACAAGAGGAAGAGAGGCUACGCGAAGCUGAGAGGAAGAGGCUGAAAGAGGAGGAAGAGCUGCGGGAGCGUAAGCGGGAGGAGAAGCAGAGACGGAAAGAGGAGCGUAAGAGGAGGGAGGAGGAAGAGAGGAGGAGGAAAGAGGAAGUGGCACAGAGGCUGAAGGAGGCCGAGGAACAGCGGCUCAGGGAGGAGGAGGAACUUAGGAGGAAGGCAGAGGAGGAGGCCAGGAAGAAGAGGGAGGAGGAAGAGCUGAAGAGGCAGCGGGAAGAGGAAGAGAGGAGAAGGAGGGUCGAAGAGGAGCUCAGGCGUAGGAGGGAAGAAGAGGAGGAGCGAAAGAGGCUCGAGGAGGAGGCGAGGAGGCGGCGGGAGGAGGAGAUCAGGAAGGCGAGGGAGGAGGAGGAGCUGAGGAGGCGUUACCAGGAGGAGCUGAGGCGGAAGUGGGAGGAAGAAGAGGCGAGGAGGAAGCGUGAGGAAGAGCUGUGGAGGCGGCAGGAGGAGGAGGAGCUGCUGAGGAAGGCAAGGGAAGAAGAGUUGAGGAGGAGGCUGGAAUUCCAGGAGGCAGUCAGGAGGGAAGAGGAGGCAGAGGGGCUGAGGAGGCUGAAGGUUGAGGGGCUGAGGAAGAAGAGGGAAGAGGAAGUGUCUGGGGGAAGGAAGAAGGAGGGAAGGGGAAAGAAGAGGCGGGAGGAAGACAGGAGGAAGAGGAAGAAGCGGGAGAGGAAGCGAAGGAGGUCGGAAGGGAGGGAGGGGUGGAGCGAAGAAGAGUGGGAGGCCAGCAGGGAUGUGGGGAAGAGGCAGAGGGGGGACCGGGAGAUGGAGCUGAAGAGGAUGAGGGAGGAGGAAGAGCAGAGGGAGCUGCAGCUGGCCAAGGAGAAAGAGGAGGAGAAGAGGAAGGCGGAGGAGGAGGAAAAGAGGCGACGGGAGGCACAGGAACAAAGGAGCGCGGCCGAGGCGACUAGGAAGCUUCAGGCAACCCAUCUGCUACAGGAGCUCUUUGAGCUGGUCAGGGCUCAGAAAAAGCGAGAGGAAGAGGAAAAAGAGGCGGCGGCAGCGGCGGCGGCACGCGUGUCCUGCAGUCAGGAGGACUCUCCGGACGAGGCGGAGCUGCGGGAAGAACUCCUUCGCCAGGAGCAGCUGCUCAGGGAGAAGCUACUGAGGAACCUGGAGGCCAAAAAGCGCCAGAAGGCGCUUGAGGCGAAGCUGCAGUCCUCGGCCAAUCAGAUGGCAGACGGCAGCAACAUCCUAGUGAGCGCCAGCCGAAGCUGAGACCUCCGGCAGAACCUGCCACCUUGUUCCGAACGGCCGGCCGGUUCAACAGAGUCAAGCAGUCACGUCCACCAGUUCCCCUACGUCCCACUGCCCCCACACGCACCGGGUCACCUUGUAAAUACAAACAGCACGUCAUAUUUUA